UGUACAAUGCUGAGGUGGUGGCUGCCUACCGGGGCAAGAAGAGGAGUGAGGCACCACCUCACAUCUUCUCCAUCUCCAACAAUGCCUAUCAGUACAUGCUGACAGAUAGGGAGAACCAGUCCAUCCUCAUUACCGGAGAAUCCGGGGCUGGGAAGACUGUGAACACGAAACGUGUCAUCCAGUACUUUGCCAGCAUCGCAGCCAUAGGAGACCGUGGCAAGAAGGACACCACCAAUGCAAACAAGGUGCUUGGCACCCUGGAGGACCAGAUCAUUCAGGCCAACCCCGCCCUAGAGGCCUUUGGCAAUGCCAAGACUGUCCGGAACGACAACUCCUCCCGCUUCGGAAAAUUCAUCAGGAUCCACUUUGGAGCCACUGGAAAGUUGGCUUCUGCAGACAUAGAGACCU